UAGCAGCGUCAAGUGCGAAAGCAGUCAGUUUUCCCGAGCGCGUCGUCACAACAGCAAGCCAGAUCUUCUUGCCAAUAACAGAUUUGAUCACACAAAGUGUUUAGUUUUGCGCAACAUGUGCUAUCCAUAGUCGCGGCGACUAUGGAAGAGUUUUGAGAGUUGAGGCGCGCCCAUUUUGAAUUUCCCGACUACUUUUAAAGCCGUAAUGGAAAAUUCGGUUUCCCAUAAAAAAGAUUCGUUCUAGAUUUAAUGAUUGAUAUCAUUAAGUGAUUUGAUCAUUACAAGUGAACCGAUAGAUUGAUUUAUUAAUAUCAUCAAGUGAUUUGAUACCUUAACAUAAUCGAUUAACAUCGUGAAAAAAGUGGUUUCCAACACCCAAGAGGCACUGGGAGACACAUGUGCUCGGCUGGUGAGCCGCCCCGACGUAAGGGGCCAUGCCAUGCGAGCUAGUUUGCCCCAAGGUACCAAAAGCCAUCAAGAAUCAAGGUCCCCACAUUCAUGUACACCAAUUAUUCCAUACUGACGAGCUGGAGAAAGGGAUUCCUCUCGCAGCGCAGACAAGUUACUGCGCAGAGCUGGAGGAGUUGCGGGAGUUGCUCCACUUCCCUGAAGAGGUUGCCCUUCGCCUGGCCGACACUGAGUAUCAACUUUUUUAUCAGGUCCCACCAAUCGACUAUCUACGUCAGGUGACCUUGGACUUGGGAGGAGCUACAGGAACAUCCGCAGAAAGUCUUCCUGGCAAUACCUCCGCUAAGAGAUCAUCUGUCUCGACUCUAAUUAAACGCUUCAACGAAGUGAGCGCCUGGGUGACACAACUGAUAAUCACCCAACCCACCCACGAUGCCCGUCGUGCAGUUCUUUCUUGUGUCCUUCGGGUCGCCUUAUCCUCAUGGAAUAUCGGCAACUUCAAUGGAGCCAUGGAAAUCAUUGCCGGCCUCAAAUCCAACAAACUCAAGCCGUUCUGGCUAUCCAUCACCGAAAAGGAAACGUUGCCGGUGCUGGACUUCCUGUCGGCGGCGCUCCUUUCCGCAGAAUACGACCGUGCCUUAAGUAGGGCGCUCGCCAUGCCCGAGUGCCCGGUGGUGCCCUUCUUCGGCGCCUUCCUCAGGGAGCUGCGGGAGAUCCUCGCAGCAGCCGAGGCGGGCGGAGUGGGGCCGCCCGGAGAUCAUCUUCCGCCCGCUGGGAAGUCGCCCAAGGCCGCACAAGGACAUAGGGACCAACAUCAUCAGCAGAGACAAGUGUUCAUAUCAGAUUAUAAUGGAGAAGACCACCAUUUUACGACCAUCGGUCCUGGGGGACUUAUCAAUUUGGAGAAGAUCUACCGCACGCAAGCAGUCAUGGACCAUAUAUCUUUGUGCCAUCAACAUUAUCAUAGUAGGAAUCGCCUUUCGCCCACUUUUAGCCUCAUCGAUUAUCUUAAGUCAUCUGCCAUAAACGAACAACGCGUUUUAGCGUUCGGACCCCCGGAAAAAGUCGAACUCGACGCCGAAUAUGACUGUGAUGUAGACGAUUACCACCCUGUACAGCCGCUCGUGCACGACCAUGGGGUAACUUUCGUGUGUUUGUCGUCACCCCUGACGAAAAUUGACCAACACGUUAUUCAGAUCCUUCAUCACGGCAGCACCUGCGUGAUGUGGGAAGGCUUCGAAGGCCCAUCGCCCCCAUCAGGAGUCAAAGGUGUCUUGCUCUAUCUGCGAUUAGACCGCUCAUCGACGACCUUGACGUGGGUGCGACCAAGCUGGAGCGGCCUCAAAUCGGGAGUUGCUAGCGACUCCACGGAUCCUUUCACUACCGACUUCAACCUGUCUUUCAAUCCGGAAGAGACUUUGGCGCCGGGGUUGCUCACUAAAUUGGCGUUGCAAGCUGCAGGUGAACAGAGUACGGGGGCAACGUUGGACGAUGGCUUUUUGGAUCUAAUAAUGGUAAAGGAAGUCCAUCUGGGAGGACGAGAUGCGGAAAAAGACGCCGAGCUAGCGACGAUGGCUAGAAAAUAUGGCCUCAAUCACGAACCAGGCAAUGAAUGCGCCUUAACCAUACUUUACGGAUAUGGUUUGAGUGACAACCGUCUGCUGUAUAUUGUUUGCCCACCGGUUGUUUGUAGAGUCUGGUUUAGUGGUCUCUGCUGGUUAAUAAAAGGAUUAACAAGGCAACAAGAACUCUGUGAUAGAAGAUUACUGUGGUUACGGGAGCAAUACAUGCAGCUAUAUCACGAAGAUGGAUACUGCUGUGGACCACUAGCUGCAGAUGCCAUCCGAUCCUUUGGAGGCAGGGACUGGUCCAUUGCUGGAGUGACAGGAGGACAGGUUGGGGAAUCUUCGGGAGCAUUGAGGAGAGAAGUUUCGAUGAAGAUCAAGAAGAAACAGCUGCUUAGCAACCAAACAUUUAAAGAUAGAAGUCUUCGUGCUCAAUUCGUAGAACCCACCACGAUGUGCAUGGAGAGCAGCUAUUGGAGAAACCCCACGCAUCAUCGCCAGUCUACGCCUACUACCUUUCCGGAUCACCAACACGACGUUGCCAGACAUCAUAGUUUGGGCCAGUUGGCGUAUAACUCAUCCCAACCAAAAUUUGACAGGGAUAGGCAUGGCUCAACGGAACAUCUAUGGCAUGGCAGACAUCCGAGAGUUGGCUCAAUAUUGUACGAUACUCAACUGGAUUUUGUAGAUUUUGUUACUCUUUUCCGUUCUUUCAGUUUACUAAUUAGGAAGGAUCUACGGGAUCUAUUCGAACAACUAGCAAUAUCUUACAGAAGUAUGGCUGUGAAUACUAGUAAAAUUAAUGGCGUGAAGUCCAAAGUGGCCCAACCAAAGAAACCACAAAAGUUAGGCUUACUAACGAGAAAUAGCAAAGCAGAGUUAGAGGGUGUCGUAGUUAAUUCUCAGAAAAAGAUUUUCGAUGCAAUCGCCGCUGCGAGUAUCUUCACGAACUGUGCAGGAAUUGAUACGAACAAUUCACAAGUGAUAACGAUGUCCACGUUUACGAAAUUUUUGGAAACACGGCAGAUGGAAGUGAUGACUGACGAACAAGUCAAAGCCUUAAUAUCGAGACACGAGCCUGAUGCCACAUUACGCGCCCAGAAUUGCCUCUCCUUCGAAGGGUUUGCUCGGUACCUCAUGGACAAGGAAAACUUUAGUUUCGUUUCAGAAAGGGAAGUUCCCUUUGAGAGCAACAUGACUCGCCCCCUAUCUACUUACUAUAUAGCCUCGUCUCACAACACCUACUUAACUGGUCAUCAACUGAAAGGAGAAUCGUCGGUAGAACUUUACAGUCAGGUUUUACUGACAGGCUGUAGAUGUGUGGAGCUCGACUGUUGGGAUGGAGAUGAUGGAUACCCCAUGAUCUACCACGGACAUACUUUCACCACCAAAAUUCCUUUCAGUGCUGUAGUAGAGACCAUUGACAAGAAUGCCUUCGUGACGUCUCCAUAUCCGAUUAUUUUAUCGAUAGAAAAUCACUGCUCUCUACAACAGCAAAACAGAAUGGCUCAUAUUUUCCUGAGGAUCUUCGGAGACAAACUAGUGACCUCAUUUCUAUUCGACUCGGACUAUAGUGAUGAACCAUCGUUGCCUUCCCCGGAGCAGUUGAAGAAUAGGAUACUAAUAAAGAAUAAGAAGUUAAUAAUGGACGUACCGCCACCACUGACUUUUGCAACCAUGUCGACACCAAUAAGGCCGGGAAGUGGAGGGAUGCGGCACUCAGUACCUGGACGGACCAGCUCGAUUAUCAGUAAUACAAGCAGCAGUUCGUUUAACGAUGACUUUAGUGAUGAUGAUUACGAUGAUGAAGAUGACGAAGACAAUAUUGAUGAGAAACCAAUUCAUGGUAUCAACAUCACUGACUCACCACGACCAUACGGAGUGCCUCAUGCAGUAUCCAAGACGAGUUCACAAAAGAGAGCUGCGCCAGAUGAUAAACUGAAGAAGAAAAGCAGCCAAAUAUCCAAGGAAUUGUCCGAUAUGGUAGUUUACGUGCAGGCUAUAAAAUUCCGAGGUUUGAACACAAUAUCUCCCAGCAGUUCAGUGAAGCAGCGUCAAAAAGCCAUAACGUGCUCUGUCAGUUCAAGCGCGACAUCUGGUAUCAGUUCAGCAUCCAACAUUAGCUCAGGAACCACCAGCGAAUCGGACAAUACCAUCUUCGAGAGCGAAGUUCAAAAACCCCGCCCUAACAUGCAUCUACCCUGCUACCAGUGCUCGUCUAUUAACGAAAAUACGGCAAAGAAACUAUGCAGAAAACAGCCACUGGCAUUGGUAGCUCACACACAGACUCAACUGAUGCGGACUUAUCCAGCUGGAAUGCGAAUCGACUCCUCGAAUUUUAACCCUGUCAUAUUUUGGUCAUUUGGCAUACAGAUGGCGGCACUGAAUUAUCAAACCGAAGACACACCAAUGCAGCUCAAUACGGCUCUCUUCGAAAAUAACGGCAAAUGUGGUUAUGUCAGUAAACCAAACGUUAUGUGGGAUCGACAGCACGUGAUGUACAGGAGGUUUAACCCUUGGGAUAAGGAAUUUGAUGGAAUUCACUCCUCCCAAGUUGUUAUAAACAUAGUUUCCGGUCAGUACGUCGGCCAAAACAACGUCAACCUUAGCACUUACGUCGAAGUAGAAAUCAUAGGCAUCCAAAUCGACUGCAACAAACAGAAAACCAAAAUCGUACAAAAGAACUCCCUCAACCCAAUCUGGAACGACACGUUUCAUUUCAGAGUCAUGUUCCAAGACUUGGCCUUUCUGAGGUUCACGGUGAUAGACGCAGCAAGCAGUCAUCUACUGGCGCAAAGAAUCAUGCCUUUGAAAUGUCUAAAGCCGGGUUAUAGGCAUAUAAGACUGAGGUCGUCGCAGAAUAAAUGCCUCAAUAUGUCGACGUUGUUUAUUUACUCGCGGAUGGAAGAAGAGAGUUUGGAGAAUACCGAGCAUGGUGACGGUAGAUCGGAAAGACCUAAACAACCUGAAGCUGAGGCUUCAGAAAGUGCAGGAUCCGAUGGAACCUUUUUAGGUAUAUCUGGUACUCCUUUAUGCGUCAAACGCAGGAUGUUUUUCCUGAUGGUCUACGGAGUGGUAUCAGAAGAACCUUACACCAUACUCAAAAUUACGCAAGAAAGCACAACUCAAGACGUGUUGCUUCUUUGUUUACAAAAAGCAGGAGUCAGUCCUGCAAAGGUAAACGAUUACAUUUUGGUAGAAGAAGUUGCACGCGGUUGGGAGAAAAAAGACCAUAAUUUGCCAGCCACGCAAAGGAUUUUGGAUCUUCAUGAGAGGCCACUACAGGCGCAGUCUCAAUGGAAAGGCGAAGGCCGCUUCAUCCUCAAAAGAAUGGGAGACGAUCCAAGCAGCCGCGCGUGGUUGUCCUCCAUUCGCAGCGUUGCCAACCGCGAACGAGAAGCUCGCAAGUCGGACGGAGCCCCCAGCAACGCUUGGGAGAUCAACGACACGUUCCUAGUCUGUAUAUACAACGUUUCCCCCGAAAUACCCUACGCCAUACUCAAAGUACCGUUGAAUGCCUGUUCGCAAGACGUGCUAGCGCAGGCGCUAGUCAAAGCACGACGACUCGAGGACCCCAUGAAUUUCGUUAUAGUUGAAGAGUUGGAAUGGGGAGGCGGAGGUCAUAAUAUUCAGCAGCGAGCGCUGACAGACUUUGAAAAUGUUUAUAGCGCGCAGUCCCAUUGGCAAACGAUAGGACGCUUCAUUCUCCAAGACCGUUCCAGCGCAACCCCCACGUCCUUACGCAAAAACAGGAUAACCUCAAGCCUUCGUCUUGCCACUCUGGACAGGAUAAGCAGAGGCUUAAACGUAGCCCGAAACGUCGCCUCGAAUAGUAUCAAGAUGCCCGUGCAGGUGGCGCUCAGCGACCCCACCACGUCCAAGUGGAAGAGCAAAACCGGAGAAGACUCGAAAGGGGGCAAAUCCAGUGCCCGGAACAAAUCGACUUCGGACAAAGACUCUACGGCCACGGCCGCUAAGAAGGCAGAAGUGACUCGUGAAGUGCAUUCGGAGGGGGAAACUUUGAGUGACGAGGACUCUAAGGAGUCGGACUUGAUGUCGACGAUGUCGCGGUUGAAGAAGGUUUCGCUAAGGAAAUUUAAGGAGUGGAAAUCGUGACUCCUGGACUAAAGACUCCUUAGUUGUUUUGAUUAAUUUAGUGAUUUUGUGACCUUAACUUUAUAUCGAUGACUAAGAUUGAGAGGGAUAUGAAAUAUAAGAAAAAUAAAGGUAGUUUAUUAACAAUAUUAAUAAAACAGAAACUAAUAUAUACACUAUUGACCAAUUUAAGAAAAAAAAUUAAACAAAAAUGGCAUUACUUUUUAAAACUUAGUCAAUUAAAUGUCGAGCAUUUCUUUUGUUUCUCUAUCUCUCCUGUGACGCUAGAGCCCAAGUUGGUCCCUGGCCUCCUCCAGCAUCUGCCUCCAAGUAUGUCCCUGGCUGCUCUCCUCCAGUUAUCCAUCCUCAAUAUCUCUUUAGCAGCGGUUCUGGUUCUUACUUCUUCUAUCCACUUCUUCCUUGGUCUUUCUACUGGCCGCCAUAGUUCCGAUAAGCGUUCUGUUAGGUGUUCCGUCAUUGUUCAUUCUUAUGAGGUGACCUGCCCAGCGUAAUCUUUGUAUUUUUGCGUAAUUUGCUAUAGAGGGUUCUAUAUAAUAUUGGCAUAACUCGUGGUUGAACCUUGUUCUCCAUAUGAGGCGCUCAGAGCAACAGUGGCCCAAGUCACAAAUUGAGCAUUUUUGGAGUAAUAUCUCAGGCAACCAAAUAACGUUUACAAAACGUUGAAAAGACGUCAUGAUUAUCACCAAACCACGUCAGUUUAUCACGUUUUUUCGACGUCGAAAGUCACGUGAAUUUGUCCCACCAUAAUUGACGUCAUUUUUAUCACGUUUUGAAUACGUGAUAUCAAAAACGCAGUUUUUAUGUCGUUUUUUAGAUUAUUUUUCAUUUUAUGGUUUUAAAGAUACACAAUAAUUAUUCGUAUGGGCAUUGUUGGUAUUGCAAUUUUUCAUUUAACCGGUUUAAAUUUAGCCCAUAGGCUAAAAGUAAAACCAAAUGGAAGACUCUCUAAAAUAUAUAGAAUUACAUUAUCCUCAAUGCAACAUACCUAUAUUAUAUAAUUUUUACUUUUUAUAUAUACUUAUUGUGUCAAAAUUGAAACAACAUAAUAAGUACCUAUAAACGAAUAAAUUUAUUAACAAAUUAAUUUAAUUAAACUCGAUAACACAUUAACGGAAAAUAAACACCAAAACAAAUUAAAACAUAACCUCAAGCAGUUUUCAAGAAGAAUUAUUGCAUUAAACUAACUCACUUGAGGAAAACGAAUGAAAAUCUCUUAAUUAACACGUUUCUUUAACUAAAUAUUUAAGCUUCUCCCAAUUUUGUGACGUCGCACUUGGGCUGUCUGAAAUGAAAACGUGUGUGUUUUUAGACGUAUUUUAACGUCAAUAAUCUUACGUAUUUAAAAUCACCUACAAAAGACCUUUAUACGACGUAAUCUUCAAACACGUGUAUACAUUCAACCAAAAACGUCACUUGGUUGCCUGGGAUAUCAAUAAAUGCAGCAACAUUAAAUCUUCGGAUUAACAAGGGUCUACACAGUACACAACCUACCUCUAUAUUUGACUAAAUGGCGCUACAUAAUUUGUAGCACCAUCCCAUAAGCAUAAUGUAAAUAUGAAUGCAAAUAUUGCAUUUAUCCCAAAACUUCGUUUUUGGGGUUAGGCCACUGUUGCCCUGAGCGCCUCAUAUACCAUUGUCGCAAAAGGGUCCCAAUAUCCUUUAUAAUAUAUUUCUUUCAAAAGUAUCAAUAAGGUUUAUUGUCCUUUGUGUUAUGAUCCAUGUUUCUGAGCCAUAUAUUGUUAUUAGUCAUAUGAUGGUUGUAUACAUUCUAAACUUCACUUUCCUAUGGAUGUCUUUGGAUCCAAACACCUGUGACAGAGAACAAGCAUUACAGUUUUUCAGAUGUUUUAUCAGCAAGCAUUAUCCGGUCUCGUAUUUUCUUCUCGUUGCUGUCCUCAGUUAUCUGUACACCCAGGUAUGUGAGCUGUUUUACUACAUCAAUAUUGGCGUCAUCUAUUGAUUCUGCAAGUUUCGUUGUUUUCUUGCUUGUAUUAGGCCUUUAGUUUUAUCUACGUUGACGGCUAAACAUAUUUCUUUCGCAUUUUCUUCAAGCUCCACAUAAAGUUCUUCGAUGUCUCUUGCGAUUCUUACCAUCAAGUUUACGUCAUCUGCGUACAUUACAAUCUGCUUAUAUAGACUUAUUAAAUAGUAAAUUUUUUGGGAUUACAUCAUUUUUUUAUGACAUAUUCCAUACAUAUUUAUAUUAAAUAGAGUCGGUGCCAGCCCAUCUCCAUGUUUUAGCCCUUUAGGUAUCUGUCAAUUGAUUUCAUACUCCAUAAUUUUUUUCUAAUUCCAUUUCAGGCACAAAUGUUUUCAUGUAGUAUCAUGUAGUAAUGUCUACUACAUCAUAGUUUAAGUGAAAUAAAAAUUUUAUAAGAGGUCCAACUCCAUUUCCCUUCAGGUACUUAAAAACACUGGUUUCUAUCAUUAGGAUAGGAUAUUAGGCAGUGGAUUACUAUCUGUCCCCUUUUCAGAUAUUUUUCAAGCCACUUUUUCUUCUUUCUUUCAAUCGUCUAGGUAGCAUAUUUUUUUUUCAAAACUUUAUUCUUGUACCUCCACCACGAAGUGUAUCCUCCACCUAUCAGGUUUUUUCUGAAGACCACCAGGUAGUUUCUUUUUUCUAAUUCAUUGCGUUUCCAAUCUCAUUUAGCCGUUUCCAUUAUUGACUAUGCCAUUUCAAAUCACAAACAUUACUAAUGCGGUCCAACAUCGUCCAUACACCCCAACAUCUACAAAAAUUUCUGGAAACGAUAAAAUAUAACGAAUAUAUGGUUUGUGAUAGGGAUUAUCAAAUCACCUAAGAUUUAUAAUUAGUACCAUUUAAUUAAAUAGACAUGGAACACAAAAGAGAUACUGGAUUUUGGACAGUUGGCAUAAAUAAUUGAUGAAAAUGUGUAUAAAAUCCCUCUUAAUAUUCGUCAACGAUGUUCUAUAUGAUAAAAUGGUUUCUAUGAAAUGGCAGCUUUUCUUUGUAAAAUAGUUUGGUGGGCAGGCAAACUUGUUUCUUGUUCGUAACAAGCCUGUUACCUCAUUUACGUUAUUUAUUAUUGUACAUAAGAAUAGAGUAUUUAAGUAUAUAUAGCGAUCUUUCUCUAGUCAAACAAAACAGUAGAUCAUUUGGUUUUGUAAGGAACAAUACAGUUCAGAAGCGUAUGAAAAUAAUUUUGGUUUUUUAAUCUAGCCAUAUCCUUCCGACUGCGCCAAAAUUCUUAAUGUUUAAAGUCCCUAAGUUACAUUUAUUUUGGCUAAUAAUAAUGUGUAGAAGUAUAGUUAUAUGGAACGUUACCAAAGAUGGAGCUGUGCAAGAUCGUAACUUUAAAGGGGUCAGAAACGAACAAAUAUAAAACGAAAUGAAAAUGAACCAAUUGUGAGGAGAUAGAGGAUAACAUGGAUAUUGGAUAAGGAGAAGAAGCAUAUUGGUCCACUGGCUUGGUCGAACGUGCCAUCUGUUUAGUUGAACGUUCCAUUCUUUUUUAUUUUUCAAGUUCGCGCAUUUAGGUGCGGACUCACUGCAGACUUCUUGCUGACUUAGCGCUGACAUGACGCUGAAUUGAUGCUGACUGAAUGUUUACAUGUAAUGCGAUGUGUUGACAAAUGAAAAAGAAACUGAAGAAUGUAAUGGCUUUAACCAGAGGAAUUAAGAAGACGAUAUAGCGCCAUCAAAAGUAUCUAAAGGAAUAAAUGUUUCCAUAAAUCAUAAAAAAUGGUUUUGUUUUAAAGCUUUUUUAAACUUGUCGAUUUUUGGUUUCAUAUGCUGAACACAUGUAUUGUUCCAAUCACAUCCCAUCUACGUUGACAGGCAAAUGUACUUUGCGCCAUAAAGUAGCUAGACUUCUAAAAGUUUUUGUCUGCCAAACCACAUUUUACUCAUUCAAAAACACCUUAGCAAAAAUACAUAGAUAUAGCGAUAUGUAGCAACUAAGGUUCAUAUUCUACAGGAACUAAAUAUUUUGCUACUGUAUCUAAGAACGUAUUUUUCAGUUUUAAAAAGAGUUUAGCACGAGAAUAUAAUAUAAUCAGUAACCCUCAUAUCAAUAUUUCAUGAAGUCUUUCAGUAUUAUUUGUGGAAUGGGUAAUUUUUUUAAGACCAGAAGAAAAAUACCGGUGUUUAAGAGUUGUUGUCGAAAUAUUGCUACGGCUUAAGCGUCAGUACACAACUGUAAGUAGUUACGAUUACUAUUAAAGUUCUAGUAAUUUAUUUAUUUAAAACCCUUAUUUUUGGUUUUCUCAUAAGUACUAGCCUAUUAAAUUCUAAUCAGUGAGCUACUGUUUACCUUUGUUUUUCUCCGAUAUCCAGUGCUACUUUUUACCUGUUAAAAUGUCAAAACAUGUCACUUCAUGAGGACAGGUUUUUCCUGUGAAUCUCUUAAUAAUUGCAAUCAGAAGCCAUCCAGAAAAUUAAUCAGAACAUUUUUCGAUUUGUUUAAGUUAUUAUUGAAUUUACUCGGCUUUAUGAGGCCUUUAUAAACAAACAGCUAUUCUAGUACAGACACGUAUCUGUUGUUGUUUUCUCUUUUCAUUUAACUUCAUUAUAAAAUUGUCAUUGAGUUUCUUUAUCUGCUCUUUUUUUUUGUUAGGAAAAAGUAACAUUUUUGAUACCGCAAUACGUUAAAAUUUUGGCGCCCAACGUGGGGAACGAAAAUGUAAUAAAAUAAUAAUGAAAACGGUGUUAUUAAAUAUCAAAGACAAUCAAAAGUAAAAAGCAACUCAGCGAUUAGAAUUACAUAGGCUAUUACUUACGGCAAUAAUAAUGUAUUUAAAUAAACUCAUCAAAUAAAAUGAAUUGUAAUAGUUCUAGCAAUCCAAAAUGUUCAUAGUGGUAUAGUGACGUUUCUCACUUAACAAGAUAGGUAUUGGUAUUAAAGAACAAUAUAAGGGCGAGCGGUAUUCAAGUGUUUUAGAUCGCUUUACAAGAAUCUGGAAUUAUUUCUGCUCUACUAUUAUGGAAAAUGGUCAAAAAUUACUUAGAAUGUAACAACUGGGCCCUGUGACUACUAAUCCCGGUCCCUACUAGUCAAAAGAAUAUUAUGUCAAAGUUAAAACAGAAAUAUAAAUAUUUUUUUAAGAUGUAAGGCACAAACAACAUUAACACAAGCAUUACAAACAAUAAUUCUAACAUUUUUCUUUGCUGUUUCAUUUAACAAUAUUUCCUCAAUUUUAGAGCAAAAAUACGUAUUUCGAGUUUCUGGCUCAGCGAGCCUAAAAUACAUGUGUUUAAGUCUAAACUUUCAAAUAGCACGGUCACUCUUUGCUAUUUAGUUUUGUUAAGCGCCUUUUUGAGGAUUUUCUGCUCGCGUAGUGUCACGUAGAAUUAUGCCAAAAUGAAAAUUUUCGAGAUGUCAAACGCUUUUAUUUUCAAAGAUAAUCUAGUGUACAAUAUACGUGAAGCAUAAUAUACAGGGUGUUUCGUUAAGAAUUGUCCAUAUAGUAACUGGAAAAACCUUAGCACAAAAUACGAAGAAUUAACUCAAAACACGUAAAUAAAAUGAUGCUCCUUACUGAGUUACAGGGUGGUUUAUUUAAAAAUUUAAAAACUAGUUCUAUCCAUUACUUUACAACUAUUUAACAUAUCCUUGUCAUACUUGGCAGGAAGUGUAGGUUCUGUACACCCUACUAAAUUAUAUUAAUGAGAGUUACUAUAUCGGCAAUUCUUAAUAAGACACCCUGUAUAUAGAAGCUUUUCACAAUUGUGAUUAAUCAGUAUCAUGACAACAACUUUAACACUUGUUUAAUUUAAACCUGGUCACUUUUAGCGUCUUAACAUAUAUACAGGGUUAUUUCUAUGUCAGUGUAAGAUAAAUUUUGAAAGUUUUCAUCGUUUUUUUAACUUAUUUUUAGUUGGUUUUGAUGUUGAGAUUAAGCACAUAAUAAGGAAAUCCUGACCCGUUCUUAGGGUUUGACUUUUUUAUGUGUAUCUGUCUAGGAUUUUAUACUUUUUAUAUAAGCGAAUGACAAAAAACGCUUCAUGACAAUUUUUUGUAAGUGCCGGAUUUUAAGUUGGUUCCGGCACGAUUUUUUUUCGUGGAAAAAAGCUUUAAGGAAACCCCAGGAAUGCAAAUUUUUGCCUUCCAGUUUAGUUUUUGUUGAUUUUUGCAGAAACUCGGACAAAUUGAUAAUUUUGUAGAAUAUUUGCUUACAGGCAUUAUUAUUUUUCCUUAAUCGUUAACCACUUAUAUGCGGUAUGCCAUACCCCGCCGAAAAUAGUUUGUUGUAAAACUUGUUUUAUAAAAUAUUCCUCUAGUCCGUCCCACCUUGACUUUACAGUAUAGGGAACAUAUGCAAUGCAGCCCUUAUGAGAGUUUUUAGUACGUUGAUGCCGAUUUUAUCAAAAAGAAUUUGUAAUCGAACAUUAGAGAUAUUAAAAAAACUGUUUUAGAAAGGCAAUCUACAACAUUUUAGGAUCCAUAUGCGUAAUAACUAUAGUACAGUCGAACCCGCUUAUUGGAAUAGCCUUCGUGCCAAGCAAAAGUAUUCCUAUAACAGGGAUAUUCUAAUAACCGAUCAUAUGUGCAUAGUAAAAACGUUUUGGGAUCUCAAAUUUCUAUUCCCUAAACCGGGAUAUUCCUUUAACCGGUAUUCUAAUAAGCGGGUUCCACUGUAUAUCAAACAAACUUAAACGCAUACGAAUAAAUGCUCAAAUUUACUAAAAACCCUUAUAGAAAAAUUAAUGUACAAAUUUUUUAAGAAAAUUAUAACUUCAAACGAGUAUAACUUUAAAACAAAUGAAGAUAAAGUAAUUUGACAAACUUUGUUUGGAAUUCUACUAAUUAAGUUUGAAAAGCUCAUUUGCAUGCUUAGUAGCCGAGUUACGAUCGAUAAAGCGUCGAAAAAUACUUACUUGACUGUGAACCGAUUUUGCGCCUCAUAGCGCGCCAUUAAAAUAUCGACAUCAUGGCCAAAAAUAAACAUACGAACGUUUUCAUAAACUUAAAUUGUUCCUUUUGAGUUCUUCUAUCAUAAUUGUUAAUUAAAGUAUAAAUGUUUAUAGCUUAAAUUUGCUUGAAACCCUUAUAAACAAAUUAAUGUACAAUUUUUUUAAGAAAAUUAUAAUUUCAAACGGGUAUAACUUUAAAACAAAUGAAUAUAAAGUAAUCUAACAAACUUUGUUUGGAAGCCUAAUAAUUAAGAUUUAACAUGAGAUCUUCUAUGGCUCAUUCGCAUGCGUAGAAGCCGAGUAACGAUCGAUAAAGCUUCAAAAAUUACUUAUUUUGCAAUUUGCAAUUUUCAUUGUGCACUAAUUUUACAAUAUCUUGAGUUCUAAUUGUUGGAUUUAAGUUUAGUAAAUGCAUUUUUCUUCGUUUUUUAUUAAGGGACAAAUUUUAUUUGAAACAUUUUUGUUUAUCUCUUUUAGUUUAUGAGCCAGAGCCUUAUAAACAAUUUAUAAACAAUUAAAUUGUUUAUAACAAUUUUUUGACCACUCGGAUCGAAAUCCACCCUCGAAAUUCGUAAUCAGCAGCCAAAAAUCCAUAAGAAACCGUUGAGUUUGUCCAUCAGAAUUGAAAAGGACACGGUGACCCCUCUGGAGCCUAGACUAUCUGUAAAUCGUAGUAAAGAAAGACGUUCUCACAAAUUUUUAUUGGCUCAUUCAUUACUCUAUAAAUCGUUCAAUAUGUUCAAAUGUUUGUUUAUUUGUGUAAACUUUAACAUAAAAAUAGUUGAUACGGAUACUUAACACUAAGAAUACAAAAGCUAGCAAUUUGUUGGAUUUUCUGCAUUAUUUGUUGAUAAUAUGUUACUUAUUAGUGCUACUACUUUUAUUAUUGUUAAAAAUUAGAAAGAAUAGAUUAUUAUACGGAAAAAUCAAAUAUUACAUAAUUACAGAAUCUUACCUAUAUAAAAACUUAGGUAUAAUCUAUCAAUUAAACCAUAUCUGACGUUGAGUUGAUUUUAACCCAGGGAAGUGAGAUUUAUCUGGACUUUGAAUAAUCUAGAUAUCUGACAACUUUUAUAGGUAUUGCAGACCCAUAGAAAGUAAACCUAUCUAUUCAUCAAUAGAAAGCAACAACAGAAUAUUACCUCUGAAUUCUAUACUACUGCAUGGAUUUUAAUAAAAUUUUGGGAAUAGCCUCUACUUAUCUCAUAAUUCAAAGUCUACCCUAUGCCGAUGUGCGCUUGUAUCUUGGGGGUGGUUCUCACCUGGUGAAAAUUUUUUUGGAUUAAAUAACUGGGGGCUAGAGAACCUAAUUCUAAGCAAAAACUCUUCUAUAAUUUUGUUUUGAAAACUCAAUACUGGUUGAGUUAUACGUGACUAAAAAAUUGCCAUUUUCAUUUAAAAAUGUCAACUUUUUGGACGGUUUUUUUGCGAAUAUCUACCUUAAAAAUUAUGCAUCUAACGAAUAAAACUGUAUAAAAUAUUUUUGUAACUUAUGAAAAAUCGAGAUGAAGAGAUUCGUUUCUUUAUGAGUUUUCUCGUUAUAAUUCAAAAAGAAAUAUGGUAGGUGAAAAGAGAUUUUUUUGGUGCAUGCUGAAAUCGGUGUAUUCCAUAUUAAACAGAAAACAGGUCGAUUUUAGGGAUAUGAUGCUACCAAUAUCUUUUGUAGUACUUAAAAAGACCUUUAAAACGAAGAUUACGUUCAAACUAAGCGAGAUUAUGGUGCAAGAAAAUUGAUGACUAAUUUAUUUUAAGAUAAAAUAUAUUUAACCCCUCAUCCGCCAGACUGAAACGCAUCGUUCUCCUUCUACAAUACCUUUUAUUAUAGUGUUAUUUCUGUGUUCAAAAUGUUGGACGGGUUUAAACUUAAUGGUUUUUGAAAAACCUAGAGCAAAUUAUAGAACACAUUUUCAAAUAUUCUUAAAAAUCUUCCUUAUUCUCUAUGUAACUGAAAAAUAAUAAAGAGAUACAGUAAUGAAAGAAAAAAACAAACAAUUGUUAUCUGAAAAAACCCUACAUUGGUGUACUGUAUCAUUUUUUUGAAGUUAUACUUCUUUAGGCGCGAUUGGGAGUGAAUUUUUAUUAUUCUGCGCGCAUGCGCACACAGACAGUAUGGAGUUCGUUGCGAAAAGAUUUAAGUUAUGUAUGUAGCAGUCCAAAAAAGGUGUGUAAAGAAUAUAUUAGUGUUUUUAGUAAAUAUAUUUAUUAUAAUUGUUGUGUCUUUGGAUUAGUCUUCCUCGGGAGUUAGAUAAUACUUUUAUUAAAACAUUAUUUUUAUAUGUAUGUACAGUCGGAAAAAUAAAAGAAUAAUUUUUUAAUUUUUGGAUUUUUGAAAAGUGUUAAGUAUUAAAAUUAGUUUAAUAUUUAAAUAAAAUAAAAAUAAACUAUUUAAUGUAUUUUAUUUCGUUGAAAUCAUAUAAUAGAAGCAUAACUUCUUACGUGCGUACAAAGUAUACACACACACAUUCUUUUUUUGUAUCUUUUAUCAUUUUCGAGUUACAUUGAUAAAAAGGAAGAUUUUUAAGAGACUUUAAAAAUGCGCUCUAUAAUUUGAUCUUAUUUUUUUAAAUAUGCAUUUUAAACCCGUCCAACUUUUUGAACAAAAAAUAUCACUAUAAUAAAAUGUAUUAUAGAAGUAAAAUGAUGCAUUUAAAUCUGGUGAAUGCAUCCUCAUGAGGAGUUAAAUAUAGUUCGCGCAUUUUAUCUUAAAAUAAAUUAGUCAUCAAUUUUUUUGCACUAUAUCUCGCUUAGUUUGAAUGUAAUCGCCAUUUAACAGCUCGUCUUAAAACCUACAAAAGGUAUACGUAGCAUUACACCCCUAAAAUCGACCAUUUCUCUGUUAUUUUAAGUUGAAUACUUACACCGAUUUGAGCAUGCACAAAAAAAGCGUUUUUCGCCUACCAUAUCUCUUUUUGUAUUACAACUAGAUGAUUUAUGAAGAAAUGAAUCUCUUUGAUUUUUCAUAAGCUACAAAAAUGAUAUAUAUAAUUUUUAAGAUAUUCGCAAAAAACCGUCCGAAAAGGUGUAAUUUUUAAAUAAAAAUACCAAAUUUUUAACCACAAAUAACACAUCUUUAACUCAAAAUAACCACUUCCGUGGUUAUUUUGACCAAAAAAUUGUCCGCCCCUAGAAGUCGUGGGAACCACCCACACGAUAAGAGAGCCAUAGGAUAUAGGGUAGACUUUGUUUCUUGAGCUAUUCCCUACAAAUUGAUGCAGUAGGAUGGAAUUCAGAGCCAAAUACCCCCACUGACUGCACUACGCACGGCAGUAAACAGAUAGGUUUUCUUUUUAGAAGUUAACAAUAACUGAAACAGUUGUCGCAUACCUGGAUUAUUCGAAGUCUCGAGCAGGGUCUUUUUUCUGCUUAUUUCCCUGGAAUAUCUCAUUAUCCGAUCGUUUUACGUUCACGGACAUAUCUAUCCGUAUUGGAAUGAACAGAAUCAAAUUUUACAGUAUUUAUCAUGUUCAAACAUUUUACGCUAUUGUACAUUAACAUAUUGAUGUUAUUAAAAUAUAUUAUUAUUAUGAUUAUUAUAAAUAAUACGAAAGAAACUAUACUUAUACCUACUGUUAAUUUACAGUACAAAUUUAAGAUGAUUGUUUUUAUGUAAAAUUGUUAUAUUUAACGAUUUAUAAAAAUAUAUUGCGUUAAAAUUUCA